GCGAUCGCACGCGUACGUUCACUAACAGUGUUGUGCUUUUAAGUCGAGUCGAGUCUUGAAGUUUUGUGACCGCGUUCGAAAAUCAAAUACAUUGAACGUGUUCUGUUUUGAAAUAUACAUAACGAGUGAAAAAAAAGUGUUUUAAAAAUUAAAAAUAAAAACAUAAAAUGAGUGUACAGUUCUAAAAGAAAAAAAAAAAAAACUGUCUAAAAACUAAAAAUGUCUAUUAAAAGUGACAGUGUAAAAUUAACACUAUUAGUUCUAAUUAAUUUCGUAAUAAGAAACAAUUGUGAUGUUGACAUAAGUGAAAAUGUAGACGAAGGUACAAAAACAGUCGAUCACAUGACGAGAGACGAAACGAGGUUCGACUACGACGAAUAUCCAAACGUAGACAAAGACUACGAAGCAAAAUUAACAAAUACGGAAGAAUCGAAAGAAUCCAAAGACAACGAAUCAGUUUCCAGAGAAUACAACGAAAGAUUAACAACGGACAACACACCGACGACAUUGACAGAAGAAUCACACGGAGACGUUGAAGUUAGAGAAGAAUAUGACGCUGUCAACGGUGAAAAUCGAGAGGAACACAACGAUCAAUUAAGAACUACGUAUCAGGAUGUCACGGAAACCGCUACUAGUUAUUCAGCUGUAUCAGACAGCAAUGUCUAUAGAGAGACUCUUCUAGAAGAUUUUAACAGUUUAAAAGGAUUUAAUUCACAGGUGGAAACCACAUCACAGGCAACAACGCGGUCUAUGGAGAGCAUCGAAGACACGUCUCCGGUUGAUGAGGAUUAUGAAAACAGCGGUGCGAGGAACCCCAAAACUGAAUCUGACAAGCAACCAGUUGACAAGAGACUGUACGAGAAAACCCGUCCAGUACCAGCCCUGAGCAAGAGUUCGACAUUGAAAUCAUGGCUGGAGGAUUCUUGGCUACGACCUCCCGCUGGGAUCCUGGUGCCGUUACGACCCUUGGCUCUGAACAGGGCUUUAGGGGUCUGGAACGACUUGGCAGAAGAAGGGUUGAAUGUUACCGAUAUCGUCAUCGUCGGCUACGAUUCAAAUGGAGUCAACUGGAGAUCACGUCACAACCUACAGCCGACGAGCUCGAACAGCGGCGAGAGAACCGUAUCGGAGGCACUAUCGAAACUACUACUGAAAUAUCAAGGCGUCUACACAGACGGAAGUAACGAUGGUACCAUGCGAGCGCUCGCUUCAGCUGCUAAACUGGUACCAUACGACAGUGCAUUGUUCGUGGUCACGGAUAAGGGCGCGGGCGAUCCGCAGAGGCUACCGCUUGCUCUGAGGGCUUUAGUGGAAAAAAGAUUAAAGGUAUAUACCAUAUGGACGGACCCAACUCAUCCAUCGGCCGAAUCGGAGCUGGCUCUUCAGGAUCUAAGGAACAUAUCCUCCCAUACAGAGGGUGAAGUUCUUCCAUAUUCCUUGCAAAUAAUGAGCGAAGAGAGUUCGAGCAACCUUGCAUCAGAAACAGAUCUACAGGAAUGGGAACCAAUGACAGCACCAGGACCGAGGCGCGCCAAGUUUAUCAACCAACCGGCUAUCGACACAUUUGACAUGCUGUUGGUGAGACGAGGUAGCGAAGAAGCAAUAACCUGGGGUAUACCAGUGGAGAAUGGGGUGACGGUGUUGAGGAUCCUCAUCGAAGGUGACGUGGACCACGCCGUAUUGUAUCCACCGAGUGACGCGCCACAAAUCGACAUAUACAAUCAAACAUCAAUACAAUUGUUCUCGUCGACAUCCAAGACCGCCAGCCAGAAUCCCAGAGACGUGUUCCUCGUCUUUCCGGGAUCCACGUUGGACUUCGAUGGCUUGUCAGUAUUGCCGGCGAAGUCGUCGAGUGCGGACGUAUCAUCGCUAGUCGGGAUGUGGCAUUUGAGCGUACGUUGCGUUACGUGUAACUACAGGCUGAGUGUCAGCGCGCGGACAGAUCUGCACUUCUACGUUGAGAUUGAACCAAGAGAUCUGUUGAAACUUCGUGUGAUGGGACCGGUUGCGAGUGUCAGAGAAUCUGCUCUGAUCGACGAAUACGGAUUGGAACUGGCCAAGCUGCCCUUCAGUUACCAGCCAGCUGCUGACUCUGAUCACGAUAAAGACCCCAUGUCAGAUAUACUAGCUGACAUCCCGAUGCCAAGCGUCACGAGUACCGAGACAUAUGUCAAGAUAUUGGGACGUGAUAUAUACGGGGAACCGUUCGUCCGAGUGGCUGGACCUUUGAACCACCACGCAGAAGUGAGAAUGGGAAGAUCAGCGUCGAUUAAAUUCCCUGAAUCUAUUAACGACCUUGAAGAGGUCGAAGAGAUUAAUUCUAGUAUAUACAAUGGAAAACUUCAAUACAAUGACAGUAAUCUUCUACCAUUCGGACAGGCAACUACACAGGUAGUUAACCAAAGGGGGUCAAUUUUGACGUCAGUCCAGAUCGGUUUAAGCACUAAAAUAUACGGAGCACCCAGAGAUCGACUGCAGUUAUACUACGAAGUCACAAACUUCAGGGAACAAUCGGUCAGGUUCAACUUCGAAGCAGUCGGAGAGUUAAGAUUCUUAACCGGAUUGGAGCCUAGUUCGCAAACAAUAGCUUCAGGACAAACCGCAACUAUUAUAGUUAGUCUGACGAUCAAUCAGAAUGCUCAACCUGGAGCAAGGGACCUCAUAACAUUCACAGCUUUCGGUUUAGAUCAAGUAUCAAUAUCGACAUACGUCUACGUGACGAACCCUGGGGAGACUAUACGAGAUGUUGGUGCACCGGAAAUGAGACACAACUUCCAAGGAUCCUGUUUAGGGAGACAGGGGAGCGACUGCUCUGAGCACGUUUGGUCGGCGACCAUCAUCGCCAGAGAUCCCGUUGGAGGUCUACUCCGUCUAACGUCAUCACCACUUGGCCUGGUAUAUGACAGCAAUUUCAUUUCCGGCGCUAGAAGCGAGGUGAUGGCGUCAUACAGAGCGACCUGCUGCGCCCCAAGAGUCAUCGUCAACGCCGUCGAUGCAUUCGGAAACGCUAACAGCUAUACCAUCGAUAUUUCAAAUUAUAUAAACGAAGCCGGCAUAGCAGCGAUCGCUUUGGGAGUAAUAUUGAUUAUCGUAUUACUAGUACUAAUAAUCUUCUUUAUAUAUUGGUGCGUCAAACGCCGGAAGGAGUCCAGAGAACUACCUACAUACACGACAUCUAGAAAUAUUAAUUAAAAACGCGAUUAACAAAGCAAAUUAUAUAUAAAAAUAAUUGUAAAGUUUUUUUUUUUUUUUAUUUAUAUGUAGGUUCAAGUAUUAAACAAACGGCCAAUGCGAUUGAUUUUUUUUUUUCAAUAUAUUUGGAGAAAUACUGAAACUAAGCUAAAGCCAAUAAUGCAAAUAGAUAGAUUAACACGUAAUAUCUGAACUGCAGCGACGUAACGCACCUCUUUAGUCCAUCGAUCCUCGAGACGUAUCCACUUGUCACUUUACGUUAUGUCUAACCCAUAGACGUUUAAAGAACUAGAUGCACUAAUAUCACUGUGGUAGAGAUAUAUACACCAGUCAGAUUCAUUGUAAAAUCACCGAAAUCAGACUACAAAUUUCUAAAUCAUUUAACGUUUAAUUUACCUCCUCCAAUAUAUAACUUAUACAAGAAAGCUGAAGAGAGUUUGUAUGUUGAACUAAUCUCUAGAACUACAAGUCUUAAUAGCCUAAUAAAGGAAGGCAAUGGGCUAUUUAACAUCACGCUAUAGCCACGACGGAUACGGAACGUUAAACGCGGAUGAAACUAAACCGCCAAGUUACCCAAAAAAGCAAUUACUGAAACACAUAUUACUGUCAAAACUUAAAAAAAAUCGUUUAAAUAUAGAAUAUAUCAUAAGUUACCUUUAUAAAGUAAAUAUCAUUAAAAGAAAAUAUAUUAUUAAAACAAGAAACUAAUAAUAAUAAUAAGAUAUUUAUUGUCAACAAUAUUACUUUAAUAUAUCUUUGAUUAUAAAAGUUACUUAGCGGUUCUUUGUUAAACAUCGCUAUCUCUUUUUCUGUCAUAUCGAUUUGAUAUACGAUGGAAAGAGACAAAGCAUUAGAGCGCGUUACGACUUCGUGUUACGACCUCUUGGGCGCCAAUUCUAUGAAUAAAUUAUCGUUGUAUCGCAAUCGAAUCGAAAUGUCAUCGUUGACGUUCACCCGUUUACCUAUUCUGCUAACAGUAUAAUUCAGUCCAAUCAAAGUUAGAUCGGAAUAUAAUCUGCAUCGUAUCAACAGUAACAGCCUGUUAUUUCCUAUUGGUAGGCUAAGGCUUCCUCUUCUUAUGGGCAAAAGAUAAGCAUAUUCCACCACGCUGCUCCAAUAAAAAAAUUCGACACAUGCAGGUUUCCUCACGAUGUUUCCCUUCGCCACCGAGCACGAGAUUAAUUAUAAACACAGAUCGUACAAUAGAGAUUAUAUCGUAAUCAAUAUAAACAAGUACAAUUCGUCCUCAGAUUAAGCCGAGUUUUAUUUUUGUAAAGAAUAUUCGAAGUUGGAUCGUAAUAUAAUCGGAAACGUGUCAUAACAUGUCGUUGGAAACUAAGAUGUCAUAUCCCUUGUGCCUGUAGUUACACUGGCUCACUAUGCAUUGCUGCUUGAUGGAGUAUGUGAGUAGGGCUUGCACAAAACCCUACCACAAAGUGAUAAAGAUCUGUUCACUUACAAAAGCGCGCCCAUCCACGUUAAAUAUCAACGUGCAUAAGUGUGGGUGACGCUCGUACUUACUGGAUGUCUUGAAUUAGUGUGCGUGAGAUGACUAAAAGUACAGAUAGCAAAAAAUAAUACAAAUUAGAUUAUAUUUGUUAACGUACACCGAUAAUUUUACUUGACGGGAGUGAACAGAUUUAUAUUUUAAAGUACUAGCUGUGCCCGCGACUUCGUGCGCGUUGUAUGAAUUUAAGUUACUCGGAUAUUGUAGCGUGAUUUCAUUUUUACUCUAUAUAU